UGGUAAGAUAUGUUAUAAAUUUACCAAUGUAAAUACACUAUGAUACACGAUACACAGUUUUGAAAAGAAAAUGUUUGACAAAUAAAUUGUGUUUGCCCAAAACAUGAAUUUUUGUAUUACUGAAGAUAUCAAUUCAAUGAUCUUAUGUUUUUAGCAUAUGAUUAACAUAAUUUUACGUUACACAAGGUAAAUCUCCGAUUCUUAAUAUUGUGAAUAAGUAACAUAAACCAUUAAUACAAUGAAAUGUCACUACGAAGUAUUAGGAGUGUCACGAAAUGCUUCUGAUGAUGAUUUAAAAAAAGCUUAUAGAAAACUAGCAUUGAAAUGGCAUCCAGACAAAAAUUUAGAUAUUCCAGAAGAAGCAAAAGAACAGUUUCAGCUUGUUCAACAAGCUUGGGAAGUGUUGAGUGAUCCUCAUGAACGUGCUUGGUAUGAUAAUCAUCGUGAGGCUAUUUUAAAAGGUGGUAUCGGUGAAAAUUAUAAGGAUGAUUCCAUUGAUCUAUUCCAAUAUUUUACCACCACAUGUUUCAAAGGAUAUGGAGAUGAUGAUAAGGGAUUUUAUACUGUUUAUCGUAAUGUAUUUGAAAAGUUAGUAACUGAAGAUGCAGAAUUUAUGAAAGAAGGAGAUUCAGACGAAGAGGUUCCAGGAUUUGGAGACUCACAAAGUUCAUACGAAGAGAUUGUUCAUAAUUUUUAUGCUUAUUGGCAAAGUUAUAGUACGAAGAAAUCAUUUACUUGGUUAGAUCCUUAUGAUGUGAGGGAUGCUCCUAACAGACGAGUUGCACGUCUUAUUGAAAAAGAAAAUAAAAAAGUUCGAGACAAAGGUAAAAGAGAACGGAAUGAACAAGUAAGAAACUUGGUUGCUUUUGUACGUAAACGCGAUAAACGAGUACAAGCUCAUGUAGCUAAGCUUGCCGAACGUGCACAAGAAAAUUUGAAAAAAGCAGAAGAACGGAAAAAGCAACAAUUAUUAGAAAGACAAAGAGAAUUAAAAGGACAUAAAGUAUCAGAAUGGUCUAAAUUUUCAAACAUAGAAGCUGAACUUAAAAAUAUUGAAGCUAAUCUUGCACAAGAAUUUGGUGAACAGUUGUCUUCUGACUCAGAUACAGAUGAUGAAAAUAAAAUAGAUGAUAAUUCCCUCUACUGUGUAGCUUGCAAUAAAAUAUUUAAAACCCAUAAAGCAUUUACAAAUCAUGAAAACUCUAAAAAACAUAAAGAUAAUAUUGCUGUAAUGAAAGCAUCCAUGAUAAAAGAAGACAAAGAAUUUGAAAAUUCUGAAGAUAGUGAUGUUAGCUCGCAAUCCAGUUCUGAGAGUGAAAAGAAGUUAGCCACAGAUUCCCAAAUGCCUGACUUCUUAUUAAAUCCUGUUCAAAACAUAAACAGUACCAAAGAAAAAGUCACAGAUGAAGAAGAAUUAAUAUCAGAUGAUGAAAGCUUUGACGAAUCGCCAAUAGUAAAGGGUGUGAAAUGUUAUCCAGAAGGAACUAAACUUGCAGUAGGACCUCAAAUGGAUGAUGCUCUAUAUGUACCACCUAAAGUAACUGAAAAUGAUGACUACAUAACUUCUGAAGAUGAACUAAUUUCUGAUCAAGAAGAUGAAGAAAUUGUAUAAAAAACAAAGAAAAAGAAAAAACGGAAGAAGAAUGUUCAGAAUCCAGUAGCAGAACAGACUAGUGACGAGGAUAGAAGUAUUAACGAAGAUGUAUUACUGUCAAAGAAACAACGUAAAAAGCAGCAACAAAGAAAAACAAUACUAACUAGAGUUGUAGACAAUAAUCAGCAAGCAUCUAAUGACAAAGCAGAAGAGUCUGAUGAGCAGAUAGAAAAAGAAAUAAAUGAAACAGAAUUACAUUCUGAUAACAUAGAUAUAAGUAGUGCAAUUAAUGAAAAACUUAAAAGUAAAAAAAAUAAAAAUGAAAAGAAACAAUCCAAAAUGUUGGAAAAAGAAAGUGAAACUAAAAAUAAAAAGAGAUCUCAAAUUAAUGAAGUUUCAGAUCUGGCACAUUGUUGUGUUACAUGUAAAGUUGAAUUCCCUAGUAAAAACAAAUUAUUUGAACAUUUGAAGAAAACAGGUCAUUCUGUAUAUAUACCAAAUUCAACGAAGAGUAAAAAGAACCAAGAAAAAUUAUCCAAAAGCAAAGGAAACAAUGAUAAAAGAACCGAUCGCAAUAAGGAACCAAUACUAUCGGUUUUCCGGCAAUAUAUUCAACCCGGUUCGGAUCAAAUAUUUUUGGAAAUUGCAUCUGGUUCUGGACAACACGUAGCUCAUUUUGCUCCCCAUUUUCCUCAUAUUACAUUUUAUCCUUCAGAAUGUGAACUCAGAUUGUUAGAAAGUAUUGCUGUAUAUGCAAACGGAUUUGCAAAUAUAAAACAUCCUUUAAAGAUAGAUAUUACUACAGAUUUUCAUACGUGGAGCAAUGGAAUUUUUAAAAAAUCUAGUAUUGAUUAUAUAUACAAUGCGAAUAUGAUGCAUAUUUCACCAUAUGAAUGUUCCAUCGGAUUAUUUGAAAAUGCAGGUAAAUUGCUAAAAGACAAUGGUUUUAUGUUUACAUAUGGACCUUAUGCUAUGGAUGGGAAAAUAACACCAGAAAGUAAUGUUAAUUUCAAUAAAUCUUUAAAGUUUCAAGAUCCAAGUUGGGGUCUCAGAGAUAUUAAAGAUUUAACAGAAUUGGCAGACAAAAAUGCUUAUACAAUGGAAGUUCGACGCAGGCGAAGGAUUCAAGAUAAGCAAUCGCAAAUACAAAGCGCCAAGUUUGAUUACGAACAUAUUUCUGCCAAUUGUAUCGAAAGCAUUCAACAGGAUCAGCAGAAGGAUGGAGAAAUUGUUCCACGUUUAAAUGAAAAAUUUAAUACAGUUGAAAAACCAGCAAACACAGUGCCACGAACCCGAAUUAAAAUAAGUCUUGAAAUUGAUUUAAUUUCAGUUAUUUUAUUAGUAACCGGAAUUAUUACCCGGCUUUAUCGUUUAGAAGAACCUCAAAGUAUAGUAUUUGAUGAGUUACAUUAUGGAAAAUAUGUUGGACUUUAUAUGAAAAGAACGUUUUUUUUCGACUCGCAUCCUCCAUUAGGAAAGCAAGUUAUUUCCGUAGCAGCGUAUUUAGCUGGUUUCGAUGGACAAUUUAAAUUUGAUAGAAUUGGAAGUCCUUAUACUGAUAUUGUUCCUUUGUUUGCAUUAAGAUUAGUGCCGGCGUUAUGCGGUAGUCUUCUACUUCCGACGGCCUAUCACUUACUUUUAGAAUUAGGUUUGAAGCAAUGGACUGCUGCAUUAGCAGGAAUUUUAAUAUUAUUUGACAAUGCUCUCUUAACUCAAUCUAGAUUUAUCUUAAUGGAAAGUAUUCUAAUGCAAUUUUCAUUAUUUGGAUUAAUAUGUAUUAUGAAAUUUAGAAAAGUAAUGGAUCAACCAACAAUUGUUUCAUGGUGGAUAUGGCUAAUUUUGGGUAUUGCCAGCUUAACAUGUGCAUUAUGUGUAAAAUAUGUUGGAUUAUAUUCGCUGAUUCUUGCCCUGUCUUUAAUUGCUUAUGAUUAUUGGAAUCUAAUACCAAGAAAAACUUUAUCUACCACAGUAUUAUGUAUCUAUCUUGUAAUAAGAUUUGUUGUAAUAUUUGGUGUUAUUUGUAGUGUUUAUUUGACUGUAUUUUAUAUACAUUUAACAAUACUCUCUAAAGCUGGACCACAUGAUUCUGUAAUGACAAGUGCCUUUCAAGCAAGUCUGGAUGGUGGUCUUGCUAGUAUUACAAAGGGUCAACCUUUAGAAGUUACACAUGGGUCACAAAUUACUUUGAGACACACAUAUGGAAGAGCUUGUUGGCUUCACAGUCACAAUCAUAUGUAUCCAUUAAGAUAUCCAGAUGGUAGAGGUAGUUCUCAUCAGCAACAAGUUACGUGCUAUUCUUUUAAAGAUGUAAAUAAUUGGUGGAUUGUAAAGAGGCCAGAAAGAAAUGAUUUAGUCGUUACAAAACCUAGUGAGUCAAUAAAACAUGGAGAUGUAAUACAAUUAGUACAUGGAAUUACAAGUCGGGCAUUGAAUUCACACGAUGUUGCCGCUCCGAUGACACCUCAAAGUCAAGAAGUGUCUUGUUACAUUGAUUAUAAUGUAUCUAUGUCUGCUCAAAAUCUUUGGAGGGUAGAAAUCACUAACAAAGAUAGCGCUGGAGAUGUCUGGCAUGCGAUUCAAAGUCAGAUACGUUUAAUACACGUAAAUACGGAUUAUGCGCUAAAAUUUAGUGGAAGACAAUUACCUGAUUGGGGUUUUAAUCAACACGAAGUGGUAGCGGAUAGAUUCGUGGAUCAGACAGAUUCUAUAUGGAAUGUUGAAGAACAUAGAUAUACUAAAAGCGAAGAUCAAAAACAGAGAGAAAGAGAAUUGAUCAAUGCUGAAAUGAUUCCAUUACAGGCUACCACUUUAAGUUUUUGGGAGAAAUUUGUAGAAUUGCAGAUAAAAAUGUUUUUUAGUGGUCAGGAAGGACAAAACAGUCAUAUGUAUUCUAGUGAUCCUUUAGAUUGGCCUUUGAUGUCUAGAGGAAUUGCAUAUUGGGUUUCAAACGACAGUAAUGCUCAAGUACAUCUCUUAGGAAACAUAGCAAUUUGGUAUUCUGGAACAGGCUGUGUAAUCAUAUAUUCACUUCUAUUAAUUUUUUAUAUGUUAAGACGAAGACGAAUGUGUUUUGAUAUUGCACAAGAAGAAUGGAAUAAAUUUUCUAAUGUAGGAAGUAUCUUUUUAGCUGGGUACUUAUUACAUUUUUUACCUUUCAUGUUUGUUGAAAGAACCCUCUUUCUUCAUCAUUAUUUACCAGCAUUUAUUUUUAAAAUACUGCUUACAGCAGCAACAAUAGAACACUUAUACUACUUAAUUGGAACUCGAUGUCAAAAUAAUUGUUUAAUGUACAUAUUAAAAUGUGGUACCCUUAUAUGGCUACUUUUCGUUAUUUAUGUGUUUAAAAAAUUUACAGUAUUCAGUUAUGGAACAACACAUUUAAGUGCCAAGGAAGUUUUAAAGUUAAGGUGGAGAGAUACGUGGGACUUUAUUAUACAUAAAACAUAAGAAAAAAUUAAAUACUCAGAAAUAAUCAUACAACAUUAUCUACUUAUAGUAAAAUUUAUUUUACGUGUUAAUUGUGCGCAUACGAGUUGAUAUUAUAAUGCACAAAUGUUAAUAGAUAGUAUAAACUUAUUGUUUAUAUGAGUGAGGUACAAGUAUAAUUAAUAUAGAUUUAUUAUUUUUUUAUGCUAUAUAAAAUAUGCAACUACAUAGACUGAUUACAUUUUAUGAAGGUUUUUAUUAUAUGCAUUUAUACAUCUAACGAACAAAACUAAGCAUAAAACUUGUUAUCAUCAUAGUUAUACAUAUAUUAAU